AUGGUUAAAAAAAAAACAAGUGUUAAUGUAAAGUCUAUUUUAGAAACAAAAAAUAAAAGAGAAAAAAAAGACGAAGAUGAUGAUGAAGAUAAUAAGACAAAAAAGUUAUAUAAUAAUUUAUAUAAGCGAAAUAAAUCAAUUCGAAUAAAUAUGUUAGAUAAAAAUGAAAAUAAAGGAGAGGGGAUAUCACAUUCUAGUGAAAAUGAAAAAAUAAAUUAUACAAAAAAGAAUAAUAAUUAUGAUAAAAAUGUUAUAAAUGAAAGUGACGGUGUGGGGGAUUAUGGUGAUGAUGAAUGUGAAGAGGAAAGUGAAAUAGAAAACGAGGAUAUAAUUAGAAAUAAAAAUAAUAUAAAUAAUAUGAAAAAUAUAAAUUUUACAUAUAAUAUGAACAAUAUAAAUAUUACAAAUAAUAAUGAUAAUACAAACAAUAUUGAUAAUACAAAUAAUAUUGAAAUUAAUAGUAUUAUUGAAAGUAAGAGUAAAGAAAAAAGUCUGUAUAAAGAAGAGCAGACUCCGAAUAUACAAAAUGGUGAAAAUAAUACAGUACAAUUAUUUAAUUUUAAAAAAUAUGAUUAUAGCCCUAAUCGUAAAAAAACAAGAGAUGAUUUAAAUGAUGAUAAUGAAAAUAGUUGUAGCAGUUUUACGAGGAGGGGAAAAUAUAAUAAAACGAAAACUAUUAAAAAAACUAAUAAAUUAAAAUUAACAAAUACGCACGAAAAUUUAUUAUCAGAUCAUCAUGAUUAUACAUCAUUAAAAGUUAAUUACAAAAUUAAUAAGAAAAGUAAUUAUGAUAAAACAAAAAAGAGAACAUUUUUUUCUAUAAUGUUUAAUGAAAAACAAAAUAGGCCAGUUAAUAGAAGUAGUGUUUGUACAGAUAAUGCAAAAUUUUUGAGUUUCUUAAAUGAUUUUGAAAGGAAGACAUACCUAAUAAAAAAUAGAAAAAGAUUUAAUGAAAAGAAAAUAAAAAAAUUACAAACAAAUAUCAAAAAAAGAGAAAAAUAUGAUACAGCAGAAACAUUAAAUAAUUAUAUUGUUAAUAUUGAUGAAGAUAAUAAAUAUGAUGAAAAUCUUCCAAGUGAGAAAAUACCUAAAGUAGAUACCACACCUAGAAAACCUUUUCCUUUUUCAAUGAAAACUGAUACUUGUAUGUUUGAUUAUAAAAAAGAUCGAGAUGAUAUUCAAAAAUUAAAAAGUGAAGAACGUUUAAAAAAUUAUGCCAGUCUUGUGGAAGAACAAAAAAAGUUUUUAAGAGACAAAAGUAAAAGUAAAGAUAUAGAAAAACAUAAAAGGAAAAGAUGCUUAUUAUUUCCUAAAAAAAAAUUAAGGAAAAGAAAAGAAAAAAUUAUUAUAUUUCUUAAUCACAAUUCAUCAGCAUAUAAAAAUGGACCUUUUAAUGAUCAUUUCUAUAAAACCGUAUAUAAAAAUGACUUAGAAAACCUAGACGAAGAAAAACUGGUUAUUGAUUAUAGUAAAGAUAAUACUUUUAAAAAGGCUAUUCAUAGAAUUUUUCCGCAAUUCUCUCUAUUUAGUUUAACGCUAUAUGUGACAUUUAUUCAGUGGGUUAUAUUUAUAUUACUUAUAUCUGUAAAAUCGGAUUUUCCCCUGACACCAUCAAAUGAUUCAUUAAAAAAUUUUGGCAGUAAUUUUCCACACAACAUUUUUAAAAAUGCAGAAUUUUAUCGCCUCUUUACGUCUCUUUUUCUGCAUUCCAAUUUUAACCACAUUUGUGCAAAUACCUAUGUGCAGCUAACAGUAGGAUUUCUAUUAGAAUACUUGUAUGGAACAUAUGUAGUUUUUUUAGUAUAUGUAUUUACAGGUAUUUAUGGAAUUAUUCUAUCAUCUCCAUUAACCUAUUGCUACUCAACGACCGAAAGCAGUAGUAGUUCUUCAGGAAUAAUUGGAAUAUUUUUUUCCGAAAUUUUAAUGAUGACUAAUUUUAAUGUAGACAAAAUUAGUAUUAGUGUGCAUUUAUUUUGUUUUUUUCUACUACUGUUAUUUCUGAAAUUUUCUUUGAAUACUGUUAGUAUAAAUAUUUACAGUCAUUUUUUUGGUUUUCUUGGAGGCUUUUUAAUAGGAAUAAUUUUGAAACGUAAUCAAUUGAAAUAUUUUUUGAGGAAUAAUUUUUUAAUUCAAAUUUUGUGUUUUGUUUUUCUAGUUAUAAGUUUAGGAGCUGCCAUUUUUAUUUCCACCUAUGUUGUUCAGAAUUGUCCAAAUUAA